AUGUUUUUAUAUUGCGAGCAAUAUUUCUUUGAAAGACAGGAAGGCACCAGCAAUGUUCGACGAUUUCUUAUAAAAAUGAAUCAUCACCAUGUUUAUAUUUUAGUGAGUGUUAAAGCCGAUGAACAAAAGGCUUUCCAAAUCCAGCAUGGAGAGCAGUAUAUUCACCUGAAAACUUAUACCGGUCAGCUCGGCAGAGCUUCGAGAAACAAAACCUAA